GUGUAAUUUAUGUGCGCGCUUCACCUAGCCAGGCUGUGUGUGUGUUUUGUGAGUGAGUUCAGCACACGCAACUGGGACCGUGGAAAUGUCACGAGUUUACAUCGGCAGAUUGAGCUACCGCGCAAGGGAAAAAGAUGUCGAGAAGUUCUUUAAGGGUUACGGGAAGAUUUUGGAAGUCGACCUAAAAAACGGGUACGGGUUUGUUGAGUUCGAUGACCCUCGAGAUGCAGACGACGCGGUCUAUGACCUGAACGGAAAAGACUUGUGUGGUGAGAGAGUGAUUGUGGAGCACACAAAGGGACCGCGCCGAGAUGGGAGCUAUGGUUCCGGAAGGAGCGGGGGGUUCGCGCGCGGCGGGAGGGACCGCUACGGGCCGCCGGUGCGCACGGAGUACCGGCUCAUUGUGGAGAACCUCUCCAGCCGCUGCAGCUGGCAGGACCUGAAGGACUACAUGCGUCAGGCGGGGGAAGUGACGUACGCCGACACCAACAAGGGCCGCAAGAACGAGGGGGUGAUCGAGUUCCGGCUGUACUCGGACAUGAAGCGCGCCCUGGAGAAGCUCAACGGCACCGAGGUCAACGGCCGCAAGAUCCGCCUCAUCGAGGACCGGCCCGGGUCCCGGCGCCGCCGGUCCUACUCCCGCAGCCGCAGCAGGUCCAGGUCUCGCUCCAGGAGUAGGCGCUCCCGUAAGAGCCGCAGCCGCAGUGAGAGCACCAACAGCAGCCGCUCACGCUCCAGGGUGGCCUCUCGCUCCCGCAGCCGCAGCCGGGACCAGAAGAAGGCGCGGGGCCGGCGGGAGGGCGAGGACCGGAGCAACGGGGCGCGGAGGAGCAGGAGCAGGAGCCGAGAGAGGAGGCCCGGGAGGAGCCGCAGCAGGAGCCGCAGCCACAGCCCCAAGAGCAAACGGGGCAAGGGCGGCGCCAAGAAGGGCCGCAAGGACGAGUCCGGCUCCCGGUCCCGCUCCAGGUCCCGCUCCCGCUCCCGCUCCGGGAACAAGGACCGCGGCCGGAAGUCCGGCUCCAAGCCCCGCGAGGUGAAGAGCGACCGGGAGGAGGAAGGCAGCGCGGCCGGGGCGGAGAGGGCCUCCCGCUCCCGCACGCCCUCCCCGCCCAAACCCCGCCUCAAGUCCAAGUCCAAGUCCAAAUCCAAGUCCAAGUCCAAAUCGCCCUCCCCGCCACCCAAAGCCAGGUCUCGCUCCCCUUCCGCCUCACGCUCCGAAUCCCGCUCCAAGUCCCGCUCCCACUCGCGCUCCCGCUCCCGGUCCCGGUCCCAGUCCUGAGGUGCAACAUCACACACACCCCCCCCCCGGUCCCUUCCCCAAAUCCUCCCCACCCACCCCCACAUUUGUCCAAUUUCGUUCCCCCUUUCCCCCCCUUUUUUGAUAAAUAGUUGUAGGAAGACUCGGCACUCCUGCCUGAUGUGUCAUAUAUAUAUAUAUAUGCUUCCCUUUGUUUUCAUUAUGACUGAUAAUACAUCCUUACACAGUAGUGCUGUCUCUUAUUGGAGGUGUUUGUAAAAUAUUAAGUAUGUGAGUUUAGUCUGAGUGGGUAUUGCUCAGAUAGAUUUUUAUAAGUUGAAAAGUGUCUAAAUGCCGUAAUGGGUGUCUUAACCUUUGUAUUGCAUACUUUAAAAAAGCAUCCCGUGUUGACAGAACUGUGUGGGGUGGGAUUACUGUGAUUUUAUUCUGUUGCAUCCUUCAACUUUGUGGGAAGUCCUUUUACCAGUUAAAAAAUAAAAAAAUUUGCCUGA